GUCUAUGCAUAUUUGUGCUCUAAGAAUAAAAAAACAAAAACAAAACUUAUUCCGGGAAUAUUCCGGGAUCAAUACAAGUUAAGCUCAAUCGACCGCAUUUGUGGUAUAAUUUUGAUUACAACAAAAAUGUAUUUAGACUCGUCCCUCCUUUUCUUUAAAAAAAGCAAAAACAUGAUUUUAGAGUGUUAAAAUCGCUUACCUUUUCUGUGUAAAGUUAUAUCUAAUUUUACAACUCCGUUGCCAUGACGAUGUAAUGGGUAAAACACUAAAACCCUAAAACGACCAUAAAAACAAUGAUUUAAACAACUUUACAGCUCAAAUAAUACACAAGUUCUAACAGAACAAUUAAUUUAAGUGCUUUUAUAAAAUGAUGAGCUUCACAUUUCUGCCUUUUAAACCCUCCAAAAAUUGUCCCCAUUCACGUCUAUUGUAAGUGCCUCACUGUAACCUCGAUUUUUGCUUUUUUUUAAAUAAACUUAAUUUUUGUGGUAAUCAGCAUUAUGUUACAAAUGCUGUCGAUUGGGGCUUGGGUAGCUCAGCGAGUAUUGACGCUGACUACCACCCCUGGUGUCGCGAGUUCGAAUCCAGGGCAUGCUGAAUGACUCCAUCCAGGUCUCCUAAGCAACCAAAUUGGCCCGGUUGCUAGGGAGUGUAGAGUCACAUGGGGUAACCUCCUCAUGGUCGCGAUUAGGGGUGCUCGCUCUCAAUGGGGCACGUGGUAAUUUGUGUGUGGAUCGUGGAGAGUAGCAUGAGCCUCUCGUUCUGUGAGUCUCCGCGGUGUCAUGCACGACGAGCCACGUGAUAAGAUGUGCGGAUUGACUAUUUCAGAACGGAGGCAACUGAGACUUGUCCUCCACCACCCGGAUUGAGGAUUUUAAACAUGUGUAAAAACAACUUCCAGUCUCAAGGAAUAUUACCUGUCAGAGUUUCUUCUCAGAUGUACAAUUACAUGCUCUCUGAAAACUACUCAUAUAUGUGAGAAAAUGUUCCAUGGCAAAGAGCAGUUAAACAUCCAUCUCCAGACCCACGACCCCAACAAGCAAGAACUGCAGUGUGAAGAAUGUGGCAAGCAUUACAACACUCGCCUCGGUCUUAAACGUCACGUGGCCACACAUGCCACCACUGUCACUGGUGACCUCACCUGUAAGGUUUGUCGUCAGGUGUAUGAGAGCAUGCCGGCAUUGCUAGAGCACCUAAGUACGCACACUGGCCGACCUCCUCCAGGGACUGUGGUUCGGGAAAGAAAGCACCAAUGUGAACGCUGCGGCCGUCGCUUUUUUACUCGCAAGGAUGUCAGGCGCCAUGCGGUGGUGCAUACAGGUAGACGAGACUUCUUGUGUCCACGUUGCGCCCAACGCUUUGGCCGGCGCGACCACCUCACCCGGCACCUGAAGAAAAGCCAUGCGCAGGAGUUAGAGACCCUGACCCCGAUGCCUAUUAAAGAAGAGCCCAGUCCCUUAAUGUGCUCUGUUGGAUCUCCAAAGGAUGCGACAGAGGCUUUUUCUAUGGGCAUGUUCAACCCACAAGGCCUGCCAAGUGCAUCUAUAUCAGGGGUCAAUCAUAAUCAUUCAAUGGUUUCUGGCCCCCUGUCCAGCCCCAUGAGUGUGGGCUGCUACCUCGAGCAGAGCAAGCCUCAAUCGCAGCAGUACCAACAGGCUCAUAGAUAUCAACCUAGUUCCACUACCUCAUAUCUGAAAGUAGAGAUGGAGAACUUCCUGACCGAACUCCAGUGUGGGCCUAUGCCACCGCAAGCUGCUGUGGCGACCACCGUCUCUCGGCCAGGCGACCUCCUCCCUGAAUGCCUUGCAGGUCAGAGUGCCCAUUUCACCCUCAGGAACUCAGCGUUCACCUCAGCUGAGCCCCCUUCCAACUCUGCCAACAUGGACCUUUCACAUCUGCUGGGGUUCCUGCCGUUCGGCCUGCCUCCUUACAGCACUCCCUUGAAUUCUGGAAGCCUCGUGAUGGGAUACUCCACCCCCACCACUGCUGCAUCCCCAAGCCCUACCUCUCAGCUCUCUGGGCCAUUUACCUCAUUUCAGCCACAGUCACUGCAUGAGCCUCAGGCUUCAGGGCACUUAAACCAGCUCCCUGGUUUCUCUCCAACUCUACCUCGAUUCCAUCAGGCUUUCCAACAGUGAUGUUACCCAUGUCUACUAUGACCUGCCAGUCAAAUGCAACAGUAUAGCUUACAGGUAAUAAAGCUGUUCAGUCAUGCGGUGAAUAUGCAGGCCAACCUGAAAGGCUUAUUCGCCAUAGGUACCCUCGUGAUUUUCCAAUGGGUUUUUAGAAUAGCAUUUUUUAAAUUUAUGAGUAAAAUAAGUUCUGUGGUUAACAUUACCGAAGAGACUUUACCAUUUAGUUGUACAACAUAAACGACUUACUUCCGUAAACGCAAAAGGCAAAAUGUUAGGGACUGACAGCCUCAGUUAUCAUUCACUUAUAUUGCAUAGUUUUUCCGUUCAAUGAAAGUGAAUGGUGACUAAGGCUGUCUGUCACUAAUAUCUCCUUGUGUUCCACGGAAGAUAGAAAGUAAUACAGGUUUGGAACACCAUAAGGGUAAUUCAAAAAGUAAUUCUGCCUUCAAGUGAACCUGGGAAGCUCCUUCAUCCAAGUUAGGCAUUCAUUAUUACAACAUGUCACACAUUCUAGUUGGAAACAAAGUAAUAUUUUCUGUUGUACUGGUAAAUAGGCAUAACUGAAUACACCUGUAUCACUUUUACACAACCUAUAUGGUUUAUUAAUGCAUAAUAUCAUAAUAUCUUAACAAAUUUUUAAUUAAUUUGCUUAAAAGAGUAUUUCGGGUUCAAUACAAGUUACGCUCAAUUGACAGCAUAUUUGGCAUAACGUUUUACCACAAACAUUAUUUUUAAAUUUUUAUUUUCUUUAAAAAAAUGCAAAAAUCUGGGUUACAGUGAGGCACUUACAAUGGAAGUGAAUGGGGGCCAAUCCGUAAACGUUAAAAUACUCACUGUUUCAAAAGUAUAGCCGCAAGACGUAAACAGUAUGCAUGUUAACAUGAUUUUAGUGUGAUAAAAUUGCUUGCUAACCUUAUCUGUGUAAAGCUAUAUCCAAUUUUGAAUGCUGUCAGUCGAUUAAUUGCAUAAUUUUUUGUAUUUAAUCACAAUGGCAGAUUUUGAAAAUGCUGAAAUUUGACACCAUAUAUACUUGUUUUUCUGUCGAAAUGCAUUUAUUUCCAUCAUAGGAAAGAAAACAAAACAAUAUGUAACAAUAAUGCUUUAUUAAGAUUUUCCAAACAAAGCCUGCAGUAUAAAGAUAGAAAUGCACUGAAAAAGCACCAAUUCAAGUAACAUUAACCGUUUCCCAAUGUCUAAGUGGGAGUUUGACUAAUUGAAAGAACUAGUCUCCACAUAGGUUGCAUAUUCAUUGCAAUGGGCAUUAAAUCUCUGAAACUUUCAUCCUCCACAAUAUUAAUCUGCCAGUAGACUGUGGGUAUCACAGCAAUCUUUCCUACAGCAAUCGUGAAGCUGCAUUCAUGAUUCGCAUCAGAGCGUCAACGCCAGCAUCAAGCACCACUUUGAACUCCACAUGAAAAGCUCUUGCAAACAAAAACGUCCCAUUCUGCAUUUUGGUGAUAGUUAAGACUUGACAUGCUUCUGUGAUAAUUAAAAUGUGCCUUACAUAGGCUGAAAAAUACUUGAUUUCUAUCACAAGUCCCAUCUGAGCUUGUUUUGUACAUUAAAUAGUGCUAAAAGGUCCUUUCUCCAUUAUUUUGACAGGGAAACGCUGUUGUGUGUGUUGUGGUGUGUGUGUCAGUGUAAUGACUCCGGGCGGACACAUUACAAAUAUUCUGCCCUUCCAACAAGUGUUUAUGCCGGUUUAUGCUAUUUUAAUGGUAAAUGCGUUAAACUUGAUUAAGAAAAAAAAAUUAGGCAUUAAAGGUGGAGUAAGUGAUUCCUGAGAAAGGCUGUUGAUAUUUGAACUCAACAGCCAAACAAACACACCCCUCCCCUCAGUGCUCCUUCAGAAGCUCCGCCCCCCAAAUUUAGGCAUGCGCAAUAGUGUUGUGUGUAUCGGUCCGAUUCACUUUGUUUAUUUUCUCAUUUGCAGAGCCAGGGCUGUGUACAAACACCGGAUUUUUUUUCAGCUCGCACACUGGAUAGCUAGCGGACCGUGAAGAGAUAUAUGUGGAAUUUGACAAAAAGUGUAUUGGAUUGAAAUGACUUACUCCACCUUUAAACUUUUUUAAUUAAUUGCAUGCCUUAACGUGUUAAUUCUGACAGCUCUACCAAUAUUACAACUUCCUUGCCAUGAUGAUCUAAUGCUGUAAACCCUAAAACGACUGUAAAAACGAUGAUUUAAACAACUUUACAGCUCAAAUGAUAUAUGAGUUUUAACAGAAGAAUUAAUGUAAGUGCUUUUAUAAAAUUAAAAGCUUCACAUUUCUGCCUUUAAACACUUGGCCCCAUUCACUUCCACUGUAAGUGCCUCACUGUAACCUCGAGUUUUGCUUUAAGGAGGAACGAGUAAAAAAAAAUGUCUGUGGUAAUCAACAUUAUGCCACAAAUGCUGUCGAUUGAGCUUAAUUAGAAUAUUCCUUUAAAACAAACCACGAAUGGUAAGUCAUCUGUUGACUUUCAUAUUAACAAAUUAAGAUUAUUGAAAUAAAGCUCUGAAAGUUGAAAUAACUUUGCUAAAUCAUUGCUUUUCAUAAUCUUUCAUGUAAUCAAUCCCCUUCCAACGUCAAAACUCCACAAAUCGGGUAUCAUGUAGAAAUCCGAGUUUCCUGCUGGUAAAUAUGACUUCGCUGGGUCAUUCAUGUGCUCGGAACACGUGAUUGCAAUAUUUCAGACUCAUAUUUCAAAUCAAAUCAAAUCACUUUAUUGUCACACAGCCAUAUACACAAGUGCAAUGGUGUGUGAAAUUCUUGGGUGCAGUUCCGAUCAACAUAGCAGUCGACUUCUCUUGAAGGCCGCAUAAAUAAUGAUGGAUUUUUCAUUUUCGGGUGAACUUAUCCUUUAAAUUAGCUUCUUGAAAUUUUUAAAACAUUUCCAAGUAAUGUUAACCACAGACUUCACUUUACUCUUAAAUUGAAAACCGCUAUUCGAAAAUGAUUCAAAAAUGCUAAUUCUCUUCUGGAUAUUAGAAAUACAAACUGAACAGCUUUAUGUGAAAUUGGGUUGUUUGUAAGGUCUUCACAUUGCAGCUAGUCAACUAGACCCUGUAGAAAUAGAGCAAGUUGAUUAGCAAGACAUUGUUAGGAUAGAUGGAGUUUUGCUUUUAGAAUAGUUUUAACUUUGUGGUUUUUCCUAGAGGGUCUUCCAGGUAACUGUUUUGUAGUGAUGAACUGAUUUGUAGUAUGAAGUGAACUUAUAUAAUUCAUUUAAAGAAAAGUAAACAGAAACAUUAGCAAAAGAAAUACCUCAAAAGUUUUUUGUCAAGAAGGAAAAAAAAUGGUAUUACAGUGUUCUCCGUUGUAUAACGAAGCACUUUUUUUUUUUUUUUAUCAACGGCACUUGUAUGACUAAGAGUCAGAUUGAACUGUGGUCUUUGAUUUACCUCUUAGCUCACAGUCACACAACACAAAAAAAACCUACCUCUCCAAGCUGAACUCUUGUCACGAAAAGGAGCGUCCUGUUUGACAAGAAAUUAAGCGAAUCCUCACGCAUUCAUGUACUGUGUGUGAGGAACAUUAUCCCAGUUGAAAUCUUUUUUUUUUUUUUUUUGAAUGCUCAAAAUUUUUAGUUUUUAAGAUUUUAGAUUCAGGUGAUAGCAUUAAUUAGCUUGUGUUGAUUUAGCCUUUAGGUAAAAGUUUGUAGGCGCAGUUGUGCUCACAUACUUAAUGCUAAUGAAUGGAAUCACGGUUAUUAGUGGAGACCUUGUCUCCUGUUAUCCCCAUCUCUAUAUUCAUUCCAAGGUAUUUUAUAUGUGAAAUGCAAAAAAUAAAAAAAUGCAUUGAAUAUUCUGGAAUAAAAAGUAACAAUUUGUUUAAAAUGAAGUAGCCCAUUCUGACAAAUUCCCACAAUGGGAACUAAGUAAAAUGAUAUGCCUUUAAAUUCUUAAAAUGUUGAGUAAUUUUAGUGAUCUCUUUUAAAGCUUGGUCGUGCUGGCAAUAUUUGUGUCCUGCAUAUAUGUCAUACUGUAUCUCAAAGGUGAAGUAUGUAAUUUCUGCACUUCUAGCAGCAUCAAACGGAACUGAAAAAAUUUUCGACUGAUUUCAAACAAGUUUGAAUGGCUUACUUACAGUUGUUGCUGCAUAUUAAGCUAGGAUGAGAGAGAGUACUCAUUGAAGAACAUCUAAACAUCAAAUAAAUUACACACUUCACCUUUAAAGAAUAUGUUUUUAAAACAGUUGUGCUAGUUUUACACAAAUGAUUCCCACACUACAACGUUUUCAUCCUGAAGAUUGGUUGGUAUUUUGCCUGGAUUCAGGAGCUUCAAAUAUACAUGCAUGUUAUAGCUGAAGCACUUCAUGUAUCUCUCCAUGUAAAAUAAGGAGCACUGUCAGAAAAAUAUUGUUUUACAAUUUAACUUUUAAUAGCAUUAGUACUGUCUCUUCUUUCAACUCAGUGUUAUGUUUAUCAUUGGCCUGUAAGGUUACUGUGAUGCUAUGGUUUCGGUUCCAUUUUGUUCAGACCAAAAUGAAGGGAUGUAUACAGGAAACAGAGAAAUGUAUAGUAGGAUUUGAGUAAUGAAUUUGGUAGGGCAUUACCUUUGGCUGAACUAAAAUGAAACUGACUUCAACUCAACUGUGAUGUUUAGACUCAGACUGAUCUACCUCAGUAAGAUGCACACUGUGCAAAGCUGUACUGUACCUUUAGUGAGAAAUGUAACGUUUCAGUGGCUGUUUAGCAGGAGUAAAGGGGUGUUUUACAUCUUUAAAAUUCCCAGCAUUGACAUUUUUGUGUUCAAAGGAUUGUUUGCUUUCAUCAACAUUUUGAAAACAAGUAAAUGUGAAAAAGUGAAUACAGAAACAAUGUUACGGAUGAGUUAAGAAAUAAAGCAUCUUGUAGAACUUGA